GUGUAUGAAUCGAAUUGAGGUUUGAUGAUUGAGAAAAUGGAAAAGGCUAAAAGUCCACCUAUGUGUUUUCUUCUCCAAUUCAAAUCUUCACUUCCAUAGUUGACUAGUAGUAGUAGCUGAGUUGAGUGUGACUGUAACUAAAAACCCUCCAUAAACCCUAAAUUCUGAAGCAACCAUGUUUUCAUGUGGAACGAAGAAGAACAAUGCCAGAGAUCAAACAUUGUUUGAUUCUCCAGUUACUCCUUCAUCUCACCGCCGAAUCUCCUUCAACGACAACGCCAUCCCUAAUCGUCCUCCCUCCGGCACUCCCGCUCCUUGGACGACUCCUCGCUUAUCUGUUCUCGCCAGGGUUCCUCAGGUCAAUAGAAAUGGAAAAGAAGAUAACGCUGAUUCAAUUCAACCUGUUUUUGUUUCCGAGUUUCCUCAUCUUGUUCGCGAUCAACAAUCCACCUCGUUGCACAAACGAGUUCCCUUUGAAGACGGUGGGUUUGGUGGGAUUGACAAGAGUACAUCACUUGCUUGGAUUAUUAGUGGAAGCAAGGUGUUUGUUUGGAAUUACUUGUCGCCUGCGUCUUCUAUGAAUUGUGUUGUUCUUGAUAUUCCUUUGAAUGAUGUGGAUGUUGCCAAUAAUGAUACUGGUAAUUGGUUGGUUUCUGUGGUUAAUUGUGAUAGUUCAUCUUUUGGAACGGAUAAGGUUGCAAAACAUUGUAACUCUGUCGCGGUUGUUUUGUGUAAUAGAAAGACUCGGGCUGUUUUAUACUGGCCGGAGAUUUAUUCUCAGUCAGGUAAUGCUCUGGUUACUAGUCUUGCGUCUUCUGAUGAGUAUGAGGCUGUCGGUGAGAAAACAUCAUUCAGUAGGCAGACACGACAAAGUAAGCCGGGAACUGGUUUGAAUGGAUUGAACGAGUUUAACUCUGUGAUUGCUUCUGCAGUUCCCGGUUGUAGCUUUGCUUGUGUUGCAUUUGCAUGUAGCUCAAAUGGAGAGCUUUGGAAAUUUGAAUGCAGUCCUACUGGCAUUCGUCGAAGGAAAGUUUAUGAAAAUAUCGUGCAGUUCCCUCUCAAAGGGGGUGAUUCAGGUAAACUCGUGGGCAACAAAGGGUACCCGAGGUCGCUGACAUGGCGUUUUCCACAUCAUUCUACUAAGGAAUCAAAUCGGCAGUUUUUGGUAUUGACAGACUGUGAGAUACAGUGUUUCAGAGUAGAGUUUAGUUCUGAUAUGCAUGUUUCAAGGCUUUGGUCUCAGGAAAUCGUUGGAACAGAUGCUGAGCUUGGCAUUAAGAAGGAUUUGGCAGGUCAAAAGGGAAUCUGGCCUCUUGAUGUGCAGGUAGAUGAUCAUGGUAAAGUGAUCACCAUUCUUGUUGCAACCUUUUGUAAAGAUAGGAUUAGCAGUUCAAGCUACAUGCAAUAUUCUCUUCUAACCAUGCAAUAUAAGUCAGGAAUGAAUGUGGUCGAGAGUACAAAUGAGAGGGUUUUGGAGAAAAAAAACCCUAUUGAAGUGAUCAUCCCAAAAGCUAGAGUCGAAGAUGAAGACUUUUUAUUUUCCAUGAGGCUUCGGAUAGGGGGCAGGCCGUCCGGGUCGACAGUCAUAAUAUCUGGGGAUGGAACAGCAACUGUAUCUCAUUAUCAUAGAAACGCUACACGACUCUAUCAGUUUGAUUUACCCUAUGACGCCGGAAAAGUACUUGAUGCAUCAGUUCUUCCUUCUGCAGAUGAUUAUGAAGAAGGGGCAUGGGUUGUAUUAACUGAGAAAGCAGGAAUAUGGGCAAUACCAGAGAAGGCUGUCAUACUUGGAGGGGUUGAACCACCUGAGCGGAGCUUGUCACGCAAAGGCAGCUCAAAUGAUCGAUCUGCACAAGAAGAGAUAAGAAAUCUUACAUUUACAGGCAAUUUUGCUCCUAGAAGGGCUAGUUCUGAAGCAUGGGGUACUGGAGAUAGACAAAGGGCAGCUUUGAGUGGGAUUACACGUCGAACUGCACAAGAUGAAGAAUCAGAAGCUUUACUAAAUCAUUUUUUCAAUGAGUUUUUGUCAUCUGGUAAAGUUGAUAGCUCUCUUGAAAAGCUAGAAACUUCUGGUUCAUUUGAAAGGGAUGGAGAAACCAAUGUUUUUGUGCGGAUGAGCAAAUCAAUCAUUGACACCUUAGCUAAACAUUGGACAACAACCAGAGGUGCAGAGAUUUUGUCCAUGGCCGUUGUUUCCAACCAACUCUUGGAAAAGCAGCAGAAGCAUCAAAAGUUCCUUCAUUUUCUUGCUUUAUCCAAAUGCCAUGAGGAGCUGUGUUCUAGGCAGAGACAUGCCUUGCAAAUUAUCUUGGAGCAUGGUGAAAAGUUAUCUGCAAUGAUUCAACUGAGGGAACUGCAAAGUCUGAUUAGCCAGAACCGUUCAACUAGUGUUGGAUCCUCAAGUGCUAAUGUAGAUAUUCAAAUGUCAGGUGCCCUUUGGGACAUGAUACAGUUAGUUGGUGAGAGAGCUCGCCGGAAUACUGUCCUCCUGAUGGAUAGAGAUAAUGCCGAAGUGUUCUACAGUAAGGUUUCAGAUCUUGAAGAUUUCUUUUACUGUUUUGAUGCAGAGUUGGAGUAUGUUAUAAGACCAGAGCAUCAGUUCGCAAUCCAGAUCCAGAGAGCAUGUGAACUCUCAAAUGCAUGUGUUUCCAUAAUUAGGACAUGUUUUGACUAUAAGAAUGAGAAUCGAUUAUGGUAUCCACCUCCUGAAGGUUUAACACCUUGGUAUUGUCAACCUGGUGUCCGUAAGGGAAUAUGGAGUGUUGCCUCUGUCUUACUUCAGUUGUUACAUGAUACAUCUGGACUUGAUAUAACAGCAAAACUGGAGUUAUAUAAUCAUUUAAAAGCACUAGCCGAAGUGCUACUUGAGGGAUAUUCUGGUGCCGUUACUGCUAAAAUUGAGCGUGGAGAAGAACAUAAAGGUCUAUUAAAUGAAUAUUGGGAGCGACGGGAUGCGCUACUUGAAUCGCUUUAUCAACAAAUCAAAGAAUUUGAAGCUACUCAUAAGGACUCUAUUGGAGCAGCUGAAGAGUGGAAUGAAGAAGCCACAAUGAAGGUUACUUCGCAUCUGCUAUCAAUUGCUAAACGACAUGGAUGCUACGAAGUUAUGUGGACUAUAUGCUGUGAUGUAAAUGACUCAGAGUUACUGAGAAAUGUUAUGCAUGAGAGUUUGGGACCUACUGGUGGAUUUAGUCAUUAUGUUUUUAAGAAACUUCAUGAAAGCAAACAAUUCUCUGAGUUGUUAAGGCUAGGGGAAGAAUUUCCAGAAGAACUGUCCAUUUUCUUGAAGGAGCAUCCAGAUCUUCUUUGGCUUCAUGAUUUGUUCCUUCACCAUUUUUCCUCUGCGUCAGAAACACUUCAUACAUUGGCUCUUGCACAAAAUGUGCAGUCUACUGCAGUUACUGAAGAGAAAGAACAGGUGCAAUUGAAGUUAAGACUAACAGAUAGAAAGAAUCUUCUAUAUCUAUCUAAGAUUGCAGCCUUUGCAGCUGGUAAAGAUGCUGGUACUCAGGUGAAGGUGGAUCGCAUUGAGGCUGAUUUGAAGAUUCUAAAGUUGCAGGAGGAAGUAAUGAAACGUCUUACUUCUCUUGAAGAUAAGCAACUUGGUGAUGAUCAGCUGCUUCAUCCUGAAGACUUGAUUAAAUUGUGCUUGGAAGGUGUAGAGCGAGAGCUUUCGUUGUGGACAUUUGAUGUCUUUGCAUGGACCAGUUCUUCGUUUCGCCAGACCCACAGAAAACUUUUGGAGGAUUGCUGGAAGAAGGCUGCCAGUCAGGAUGAUUGGAGUAAAUUCCAUGAUUCAUACAUGGUUGAAGGAUGGAGUGACGAGGAAACCCUAGAGAGCUUGAAAAAUACUAUAAUUUUCCAGGCUUCAAGCAGGUGUUAUGGACCCCAAAGUGAAACCUUCGAAGAAGGGUUUGACCAAGUAUUGCCCUUGAGUCAAGAAAACAUGGAGACUUCGACUUUGGGGGAUAUGAGCUCUUCAGUUGAAACAAUAUUGAUGCAGCACAAAGAUUUUCCAGUUGCUGGCAAGCUGAUGCUAAUGGCAGUCAUGUUGGGUAGUGAGCACCGUAGUGAUAACAAAAUAGAAGAAGGGCCUUCUCCUAUGGAAUAGUUUGGCCAAAGAUCAUUUCUAACCCGUAAUACAAAGCUGGUGCAGGUUUUGUGCUAUCAUGACAUGUGAAAUACAGGUCUCGUGUUCGUCCCUCAUUCUAUUUAUUGCAUUUACCCUGGAUGAUGUUGAUAGUGGUGCUGGGUAGAAGUUAUGGUACAGAGACAUUUACGCCAGUAUCAAAAGUCAAGAGAAAGGGUUAAAUGUAAAAGAAUUUGUUUCUUGUUUACCAUUUUAACACCAUUACUUAGACAUGGUGACGAAACGACGAGCAUGAACUGAAAUGAUGGCUUACUAUUGAUCAAAUUUAUAAUGUACUUUGUCUUUUACCAAUUUUUGUCUUUAUUUUCAUUAUAAGUUGUCAACUUCAAACAAGCAGUACAAGUUACAGUUGUCCAUUUUAACUCCCACAAUUAUUAUUAUUAUUAUUAUUA